AUGGACGAUCCCGCGACAUGUUUCCUCGUCGACGACGCCACGCUGUUCCCCGCCUUUCCUGGUACUUUUCCUCGGACACCCAUGCCGUCCCCGUGGUCCCCCCCCAUCCCGUCAGCCGCCGCGGAAGAAACAGGUCAGACCCCUCUUCAGAAGGACCAUAACCCCAUGAUUCUCGCCGCGCCAUGCGGGGCGAGCGGCGAUAACAAUUUAGGAGCAGCGGAGGGUGAAGGUACGGAUGAUACUGUAGCAGUAGGGGGGGGUAGAGGGGGUAGUGGUUACUACUUGAGGGCGGAGCCGGAGAAGGGAGGAGGCGGCAUGGCGGCGAGUCACGGUGUGAAGGAGCCGAGGCGAGGGGGAAUGGACGGGCGGUGGCACUCGGGGCUGCUCGUGUCGCUGCGGCGGCAGCAGCAGCAACAGCAGCAGCACCAGCAGCAAGAGCAGCAACGAAAACGGCGGCGGCAACAGCAACAACAACAGCAGCAGCAACAGCAGCAACAGGAGCCCCGGCCACAUCAGCAGCAACGGCGCGAACAGCUGGACGUGAACGCGAAUUUCGUACACAUUCGCUCGGCCUCGCCUGCCCAUUGCGCCCUGGGCGGAAACUACCCUUUCGGGUAUUCCGCCUUCCCCAUAACCUCACUCCCGCCGCCUCUCCCCUUUUCCCCCGCCGGCGGGCUUCUUCCGCCAUUGGACGUGCGCGGAGACCGGGCCGCGGAAGGAGAGGGGGAGUGUGAAGCGGCGGGGGAAGAGGAGGCGGAGAGCAUGGGUGCGUCGCCGCUUCAGGGGACGCGAACGGCGGUAACCAUGGGGGGGAACGUGGGAGCGGCGGAAGGCGAGGAGCGGGCGGAAGAUGCGGAAAGAGCGGAAGGGGCGCAAGAGGCAGGGCCUUUGUCGGCAGCAGAUAGGGGCGAUGGCAAGCAAGGCACACAGCACUGCCACGGCCACCGGCAGCAGCAGCAGCAGCAGCAGCAGCAGCAGCAGCAGCAGCAGCAGCAGCAGCAGCAGCAGCAAGAGCAGCAGCAAGAGCAGCCAAUAAAAGCAGCAGCGAGAGAGGAAGAAACAGGAAGGUGGUUACAGCAGCAAGAGCAGCAGUGGCUGGUGCAGCAGCAGGAGGUGUUGAGGUCUCACCUGGAGUUGCAGGCAGCACGGCUGCAGCCCACCGGACAGAAGCUGCAGCAGCAAUCACAAAACCACCACCAGCAAUCGCUGCAGCAGCAGCAAAAGCAGCAGCAGGAGGAGGAGCAGCAGCAGCAGCAGGGGCACCAGCAGGAGCAGCAACAGGAGGAGGAGGAGCAGCAGCAGCAGGAUGGGGGGGAGCAACAGCAGGAGCAACAGCAGGAGCAGGAGGAGGGGGAACGGGAGUUUUCAUCUGGCAUGGUGCGGCUCAUUCACGACGCGGCUCACAGCCAGUUCAGCUUCCUGCAGCAACCAGUGGACCAACUCGCUGUCGCUGCAACCUCCCCCCGCCACCACCACCACUUCCCGCCCUCCCCACGCCCCUCGCCCCUCCCCUUGACGUCCCCCGUCCCCCCUUCCACGUUUGCCCCCUGCCCUGCCUCCGCGCCCUCAUUCUCGCAUCCCGUCCCCUCCGCGCUCGUGGUGCCAUCAGCAGCAGCAGCGACAGAAGCCACGGCUGGAGCAGCAGUAGCGUCGUCCCCUCGCCAGCCUUCCCAGGCUUCUGUUCCGUCUGUCUGUGGCCGUGCUAGUGGGCGGGAGGUGGGGGGCGAGGGGCGGAGAGGAGAGGAGACGAGGGAGGGAGAGGCGGGAGCAGGGGAGAGCAUGAGGGGGGGAGUGGGUGGCAUGUGGGAAGUUGGCCCAGGGUUCUCUGGGCAAGCGGUGGUCAGUGGUGGAGGAGGGUGGGGAGGGGUAGGGGAGGACGAGGGAGGUGGGCCAGCAAUGGUGGUAGCAGCAGAAGAAUCAGCAGGUACAGGCAAGGCCGAGGGCGUGCAUGCCUCCAAUGCAGCGCCUCUCCCGCGCAAGCGCUGUGCCACGUGGACGUUUGGCGAUGUCUAUGCGGCCAUGGCAGGUGGCACGGGGGGGAAUGUAGGGGGCGAUAUAGGGGGCGCUAUGUGGGGCGCGCUUGACGCCCCCCUUGCUGCUUUUGAUGCUGGUGAAAUGGAACCUGGCUUCAUGGGGCCUGCCGGUGCUGCUGCUGAUGCUGUUGGUGGUGGUGGUGGUGGUGGUGGUGGUAAGAGUGUGGGAACGGAUGCAGGGGGAGGGGAAAGCCUGUGGGAUUCGCUCGAAGCGAUGCAGCAGGAACAGCAGCAGCACGCACAGGGACGGGAGCAGCCUCAACAGGGCCACUUGCACGGACAGCAGCAGCAGCAGCCAUUGCACCAGCCGUUGCACCAGCAGCCGCAGCAGCAGCAGCAGCAGCAGCAGCAACAGCAGCAGCAGCAGCAGCAGCGAGUGGGUGUGCGGCAAUCAGACGUGGACAAGUGGCAGAGUCUGGUGGCACAGCUGCGCACAGACAGCAUCAGCAUCGCCCCUGUCUCCUCCACCAAGAGGGGCCGAUGGGGCAGUGGCAGUAGCGCCGCCACCACCACCACCGCCUCCCAGCGCCUCACUCCCUACACGCCUCACUCUGCAUCUGCUGCUCCUCCUGCUGAUCCUUCUGCUGAUCCUACCUCCCCCGCGUCCACCCUCCCUUCCCCUUCUUCUGCUCACAAUUCUGCCGCGCUGCAGCACCCGCACACGUCACCGGAGGCUAGCUCUGCUGCGGCAGCAGCUGGAGGGCUCCCAGCCCCCUGCACAGACGCAGCAAGAGCAAGGAGCGGUGCUGUGGCAGCAGGGGCAGCAGGGGCAGCAGGGACAGCAAGGGCAGGGAGCAGUCGAAGAGGAGUUGAGUGCGGUGCGAAGGCAGCUGCUGCUGUUAAGGGUUUUGGAGCAACGCGGGCCUCCAGUGGGUUCAGUGACGGAGGCUCACAGUGUGUGGGGGAGCCCCUGAUGGCACGCACCCACUCUCUGCCCCCUGCCUCCGCACCUGUGCUGCCAGCACGCAUGGCUGCUCUGGCCCGCAAGUGGGGCUGCCGCCCUGGCAGUGCAGUUGGCGCUAGGGCAGGCUUGCUGGGUGCCUCUCCUGCUGCUCCUCCUUCUGCUACCGCUGCUACCGCUGCUGGUGGUUCUGGUGGUGGUGGUGGUGGCGGUGGUGGUGGUGGUGGCGCUGUGGCAGGGGCUGUGGCAGGUGCUGCUGCUGCUGCUGGUGGUGGUGUUACGGCUGGGGGGUGGGGGGGCAGCGGUAUUCCCAUGCAUGGGAGAGUGGAGCGUGUGGGGGCUUGCAGGAUGAGUGGCAUGGGGAGUGGCAUGGGGAGUGGCAUGGGGGGUGCUAUGGGCAGUGGCAUGGGGAGUGGCAUGGGGGGUGCUAUGGGCAGUGGCAUGGGGAGUGGCAUGGGGGGUGCUAUGGGCAGUGGCAUGGGGGGUGGUAUGGGGAGUGGCAUGGGGAGUGGCAUGGGUGGUGCUAGGGGCAGUGGUAUGGGGGGUGGUUUGGGGAGUGGCAUGGGGAGUGGCAUGGGGGGUUCAGUGGCCAUAGAGCCAGCCGUCAGCAGCAGAAGCUGGAGCCAGAGUUGUGGGCUGGGAGGCAUGCCCUCUGGAAUGGCUGCUAAGGGAGGGGCUGCUGCAGCUGUGGCUGCAGCCAAUGCUGCAGCAGAGGCAGCAGGAGGAGGGGGAAGAGGGUUUGGUGCAACAGGUGGUGGUGAUGGUAGCGUUAAAGCUGCGAGUAUGGGGAGCUUUGGCGUUGCUGGUGCGAGUGCGGGUGAGGGGGCAGCAGGUGCUAGUUGUUGGAAGCAGCUGGGUUACUCUAUGCAGCUGUCUCCUCCCACUCCCUCUGCUUCUCGCGCGCCGCCCUUGCCGCCCAACCCCCACUCCCUGCUGCCGCAGCUCCCCACACGCCAUGCGCACUGCACCGCCAGGUCGCUGGUGGCAGCGGGAGAGGGAACCCCGUGGAUGCAGAGCGGGGCAUGUGGUGGCGAGGGCAGCGUGUUGGGCGGGGGUGCGUGUGCCGUCUCUGGUGGUGGUGGUGGUGGUGGUGGUGGUGGUGGUGGUGGUGGUGGUGGUGGUGGUGGUGGUGGUGGUGGUGGUGGUGGUGGUGGUGGUGGUGGUGGUGGUGGUGGUGGUGGUGGUGGUGGUGGUGGUGGUGGUGGUGGUGGUGGUGGUGGUGGUGGUGGUGGUGGUGGUGGUGGUGGUGGUGGUGGUGGUGGUGGUGGUGGUGGUGGUGGUGGUGGUGGUGGUGGUGGUGGUGGUGGUGGUGGUGGUGGUGGUGGUGGUGGUGGUGGUGGUGGUGGUGGUGGUGGUGGUGGUGGUGGUGGUGGUGGUGGUGGUGGUGGUGGUGUGCGGGGUGACGCCCUUGGGUCUGCACAUUUGACUGCCAGCAUGGGCGGCGGAGGAGCAGGAGGAGGAGGAGGAGCAGGAGGAGUUUCGGUUAGCAUUGGAGGAGGGAUUUCGGUCAGCAUGGGAGGAGGAGGUGGAGUUUCACACAGCAUGGGAAGAGGAGGAGGGGGAGGAGGGGGAGGGGUUUCAGCGAGUAUGGGUGGAUCGGUGGAGAUUGGAGGAUCAAUGGCAGCAAAUGGGUGGGCAGAUGAUGCUACUUGUUCCUCUUUCCCCCCCUCGCUGCUCCUCCCUCCGGAAUGCCAGCCCGCCUCCGCUCCUCCUGCUCCCAUAUCGCGCGCUCAUGCUGCUAAACGCCAGCUGCUUUUCCAGGCAUACAGACAGCAGCAGCAGCAGCAGCAGCAGCAGCAGCAGCAGCAGUUGAGUGAAGGUGGAGGAGAGGUGGGUGGAAUGCAGAGAGAGAUGCGGUGGAGUGCAGGGGGGGUGGGUGCAGAGUCUAGGAGUGCAUGGGACGACAGCACCCUGCAAGCCCAUGCACACGCCCAUGGUCAGGCAAGUGGGCUGAUCAACACAAUUGGCAUGUUCCGACAGACAGGUGUGGGUGCUAAAUCCGCACUUCCUGUAGCCGCAGGAGCAGGAGGCGCAGCGGGAAAGGCAGGGGCAGCAGGGGGAAUGGUCCCAGUCCCAGAGAGGAUGAUUGGUGGUGGUGGCAUAGGUUCAGUGGGUAUGGCAGGCUGCAAGGGAGGCAGGGGCAUGGGUGGUGGCAGCAUGAGCGGUGCAGCUAGCUCAACUGACCGCAGAGGUCGCAGCACAGCCGUGUCCCACUGGCCUGCUGGGUGCACAUCCCCACACCACCUGUAA